UUGACUGCCAACGAACCGAAGGAGCAAAACAAUCUCUUCUUUUUGGGUUCGCCAAAAUCGACAACUUCCAUAUUUAGACCGGUUGUUUUGGCAGCGACCAAAAAUUUAACAAAAGAGGCAUCAGCGAUAUUUUGAACAUCAAUCCUUUUCUUACUUUUACUCUUUGUCAUGACACUAGGACUAGAGGAACGUGGUUCCUAUGUACACAGCCAUGGCACAACAGUAUUCCUCAAAUCCCACAGUGACCAGAGCCAAGACGCUGUUGCUCACGCCGCUUUUAAUGAAAAGCGUUGGGUGUGGGUGGAAGACGCAGACGAGGCUUAUGUAGCAGGUCAUAUACUGAGAGAGCUAGAGAAUGGUCAAUCCUUUGAAGUCGCUCUCAGCAGUGGUUCGGUCCGAACCGUCAGUGCAAGCGAAAUACACAAGAUGAACCCGCCAAAGUUUGAUCAAGUAGAGGAUGUUGCGGAACUUAGCUUUUUGAAUGAACCUUCAGUUGUACACAAUCUAAAGAUGCGAUAUCUUGCCAACAAUAUUUACACAUACUCUGGUCUCUUCUUGGUAGCCAUCAACCCGUACAAACGGCUACCCAUUUACACUGAGGAUGUUGUUAAGAUGUAUAAAGGAAAAAAGCGUGGUGAGGUACAGCCUCAUAUCUUUGCCACGGCGGAUCUGGCCUACUAUGAUAUGUUGCAGGACCGAGAGAACCAAAGUAUCCUUAUUACUGGAGAAUCAGGAGCUGGUAAAACAGAAAACACAAAGAUCGUGAUCCAGUACUUGGCAUCGGUCGCUGGCGAAGGUCGAGGAGCGAAUAAAUCGGCCGAUCGGCUAGAACAACAAAUUCUACAAGCAAACCCCAUCCUUGAGGCUUUCGGUAACGCUCAAACCAUCCGCAACAACAACUCUUCCCGCUUUGGUAAAUUCAUUCGCAUCGAAUUCAAUAUGCAAGGUCAAAUUGCUGGUGCCAACAUUGAAUGGUAUCUUUUGGAGAAGUCUCGAGUUCAUCAACAAUCUCCAAAGGAAAGAAAUUACCACAUCUUCUAUCAGCUGAUGCAUGCCGAUAGCGCCACCAGAGCCAAGCUUUUGUUGGAGAAUGAUGCUAGCCAAUACAACUACAUCAAGCGCUCAAAUCGAUAUAUCGAAGGAGUGGAUGAUGCACAAGAAUUCAAGAAUCUCAAGAAUGCAAUGGAUAUCAUGGGCUUUGAAGAAAAUGAACAAUUUGACUUCCUCAGAGUUGUUGCUGCCAUUCUACAUAUUGGAAACAUCAACGUAGUGGCAGACCGUGAUCGUGCUGAUAUUCGUGACUUUGCCGUCAUCGAGCGGGUCUGCCACCUUCUAGGUGUUCCUGCUCAAGAGUUCCGUAAAUGCCUUUUGACACCCAAGAUCAAGGCUGGACGCGAUUGGGUUAACCUUGCUAGAACCCAAGCUCAAGUCAUAUCCAGCUUGGAAGCGCUGGCCAAGGCUCUCUACGAACGCAGUUUCAGCAGUCUGGUGGGAAGAAUCAACAAGGCCAUUGACAGAAACGUCUCUGGAGACAAGCUUGGUUUCAUUGGUGUCCUCGAUAUUGCUGGUUUCGAAAUCUUUGAGGUCAAUAGCUUUGAACAGCUCUGUAUCAACUAUACAAAUGAAAUGCUUCAACAAUUCUUCAACCAUACCAUGUUUGAAAUUGAGCAAGAGGAAUAUCGCAAGGAAAACAUCGAUUGGUCUUAUAUUGACUUUGGCCUUGACCUUCAGCCCACCAUUGACUUGAUUGACAAAAUCAACCCCGUGGGCGUUUUGGCAUGCCUGGAAGAAGAGUGUGUUGCCCCCAGAGGAACAGAUCAACGUUUCCUGGAGAAGCUGAAUCGCACAUGGGGUGAUGUUGAUUCAAAAUACCAAAGAACUCGUUUCCAAGAUGGUUUCAUCAUACAACAUUAUGCAGCUGACGUUCAAUACUGCACCAAAGGAUGGCUUGAUAAGAACAAAGAUCCACUGAACGAAGAUGUUACCAGACUCCUUGCUCAGUCUUCAGAGUCUUAUGUUGCCAAUUUGUUUGAGGACUAUUUGCAAGAAGAUGAUCAAGGAAGCCUCCCAUCCUUGGCCAAGUUGCGUAAGGGUGGUGGUUCAUUCAGAACAGUUGGUCAGAGACACAAGCAACAGCUGAUGACCUUGAUGAAGACCCUUCGCAUGACCCAUCCUCAUUUUGUCCGGUGCAUUGUUCCUAACGUUCACAAGCGAGCUGGCGAUAUGGACAUUCCGCUAGUAUGCGACCAGCUUCGAUGCAACGGUGUGCUGGAGGGUAUUCGUAUCUGCAGAAAAGGUUUUCCCAACCGACUUCCGUUUGCUGCCUUUAAGCAACGCUAUGAGAUGCUCUGUCCUGAAGCUAUUGGCGAAGGAUUUGUUGAUUCACGUACAGCAUGCAAAGCACUUCUGAAGGGCAUGGAGCUGGAUCCAGAAAAGUACCGCAUUGGUACCACCAAGGUGUUUUUCAAAGCAACAGUGCUUGCAGAAAUGGAAGAAAUCAGAGACCGCAAGCUUUCUGCCAUCUUCACUACCAUCCAAUCUGUUUGCCGUGGUCACCUUGCUCGCAACCGAAUGCACAAGACAAGUCGACGCACUGAAGCUCUCAAGAUUAUUCAAAGAAACUCUCGCAUUUACCUUGUUCGCCGUGAAUGUCCUUUAUGGAAGCUCUAUGCAAGGAUGAAGCCGCUGCUAGGUGUGCAUAACCUGGAAUCCCAACUGAAGUCCAAAGAAAAGCAAAUUGAGGACCUUCAAACUCAAAUAACGGUUCGCGAAACUGAGCUUCGCACCGCCAGUCAACAGCAACGGGAUCUCGAAGCAGAGAAACGCGAGUACGCUAACCUGCUUGAACAAGAGCGUAUGGUGGCUCAAGACACAGCUGCCAGCCUCCUCAGCAACCAAGAAAAACUUGCGCUUGCUGAGGAAGAGCUACAGGAGAAGCAAAACAAGCUUGUAGCCGUUCAAAAGGAGAAAGAAGAGAGCGUUGCUUCUCUCACAACAGAAAACGCCGUUGAAAUGCAUAUUCAGAAAGCGGCAGAUACCACCGAAAAAGAUUUGGAAAUCGCAGAACUGAAGCGACAGCUCGAUCACUUUAUGCAGAAAGAAGAGGAAACGCGACGAAACGAGCUUGAGGAGCGAGCUCUCCUGCGAAAGCAGUUCGAAAGCACAAAAGAGGAAUUUCAGUCCAAGCUGGAAAACAUGACGCAAAAGGCAAAGAACCUUGAACAUGAUCUCAAAGAUAAGGAUCAGGAGCGUGAUAAAUUGGAGACAGAUCUACGUGACGAAAAAGCUGCACACUCUGCCUCGCAAAAGGAACUACAAGGACAGAUUAUUGACCUUCGAACUUCUUUGAAGGAUGAGCAGAAUGAAAAUACGUCACUCAAGAAUAGAAAUGCCGAGCUAGAGGAAGAGCUGGCUGCAUUGAUUGAAUUGCUGAAGGCUGAGCAGGCUGAAGCAACAGCUCGUCUUUCAAGGCUCGGUCAGCACUUGGAACGGCCUAGGAUCCGCAAAGCUAUAAAUUAGUUCCUAGCCUUUCCUCUAUAAACCCGUGGGAUUGCCCGCCCCCAUACGCAAUAUACCCCCAGCUGUACCAUACCAGUAAUCUUUCUCUAGUCCAGUUCACUUCCUGUAUCAAACGUACGUAAUAU